CUUUAUCGUAUUAGCGCAGCCAGCAAGCAGCAACCAGCAAUAUGUCGAGCCAAGGAGCAGUAAAAACCCAAGUCGUAGCAUGUAUAUUCUGCAUAAUGGUAAUAGCUUCAGCAGUUCCUGUUUCAAGAAUCAAUUUGGAAAAGAAUAACGGGGUGGAGGUAUGUCCGGUAAUAUGGGCACGCAGUCAGUUACCAGGAUCAAGAUAUUUGUUACGUCCAAUGUGUCGAUACGACGGUUCAUUCCCUUCCGCUCUUAAUUUCCAAGACUUACAAAACUCUGGCAGGUUCGCAUGCAAGACGGUAUACGCCAAACAUUACAGAGGCGAAAUAAUUGAGAACGGAUGCAAACUCUUCAAAACUAUGUAAUCUCUGACUUGUUAUUUAUUUGUAAAUUUUCCUGAUCUAUU